AUGAUACACGUUUCAAUUGUCACAGGAGCUUCAAGAGGAAUCGGAAAAGCAAUUGUCGAUUCCAUUUUACAAACACCCGGAGCUAAAGUCGUCGCCAUUGCGAGGUCACAAACUACCCUUCAAUCAUUGAAAGAUAAAUAUGGCAAAGACAGUUUUGACUUUGUUGCCGGUGAUGUGACUGAUGAAAAUACUGCGCAAAAGGCAAUCGACGUGGCACUCACCCAGUUUGGACAAAUUGACUCGAUUGUAGCCAAUGCUGGGGUAUUAGAUCCAGUCGGCGCUAUCAAUAACACCUCAAUUGACGAUUGGAAAAAGUUGUACGAUGUUAACUUGUUUUCUAUCGUGCAAUUGAUACAACUUAGCUUGUCCGAAUUGAAGCGAACCAAGGGCAAUGUCGUUGCCGUCAGUUCUGGAGCCGCCACCAAGGUCUACAGUGGAUGGUAUGCGUAUGGAAGCUCGAAAGCAGCGUUGAACCACCUCAUUGCUUCAUUGGCAGCAGAAGAGCCAUCCAUCCAAGCCAUUUCAGUUGCACCCGGAGUUGUCGACACCGAGAUGCAGCAAGAUAUUAGAGAGAAAUUUGGCUCCAAUAUGAGCAAAGAGGGGUUGCAAAGAUUUAUCGAUUUGCAUGAGAAGAAGCAAUUGGUUCCUCCAGAGGAGCCAGGUAGAGUGUAUGCCAACUUGGCUUUGAAAGGGUGGCCGUCUGAGCUCAACGGACAGUUUCUUCGAUACAAUGAUGAGAAACUCGUUAAAUAUCAGUAA